AUGGCUGUGUUCGAGUGGGAUAACAGAACGAUUUCUAUGGGUAUAUUGGUUCUCUUCGUGUUCUUCUUCGUUGCCGAAACGAGACUUGCACCAACAACAGUUGAUGACCCCGACGACGCUGCUUCCAUGAUCUCCUCAAGUACCCUAAACAGCACCGAAGAAAACCCCAGGCAGAUCAAGGCGCCACCCCCAUUACCAUGUCCGACCGGGAAUAACAUCGACGACUGCUGGCGAUGUGACCCUAACUGGUACAACAACCGGAAGCGUCUAGCUGACUGCGCCAUUGGUUUCGGCAAGAACGCAAUCGGCGGCCGCGACGGGCGCUUCUACGUCGUCACUGACCCUAGUGAUGAUGAUGCCGUAAACCCUAGAGUUGGGACGCUCCGCCAUGCAGUAAUUCAAUCCGAGCCUCUAUGGAUUGUGUUCGAGCGUGAUAUGGUGAUACAACUCAAGCAGGAGCUCAUCAUGAACAGCCACAAAACUAUAGACGGCCGAGGAGCCAGGGUUCAUAUUGCAAAUGGAGCAUGCAUUACUAUCCAAUACGUCAAGAACAUCAUAAUACAUGGCCUCCACAUCUACGGCUGCAAGCCUACGGGGAAUGCCAUGGUGAGGAGCUCACCGUCACAUUUUGGUUGGAGAGGAAUGGCAGAUGGUGAUGCCGUGUCGAUUUUCGGUUCCAGGGACGUGUGGAUUGAUCACAACUCGCUCUCCAACUGCGCCGACGGCCUUGUGGAUGUUGUCAUGGCCUCAACUGCAAUCACAGUCUCGAACAAUGACUUAUGGCACCACAAUGAGGCCAUGCUGUUUGGUCACAGUGACUCUUAUACCGGAGACAAGGACAUGCAAGUGACUGUUGUUUACAAUCGCUUUGGGGAAGGACUAGUGCAAAGGAUGCCGCAUUGUAGGCAAGGUUAUUGUCAUGUGGUGAACAAUGACUACAGCCGAGGCUGGGGGAUGUAUGCCAUCGGCGGAAGUGCAAACCCUACCAUCAACAGCGAAGGCAACCGAUUCGCUGCUGAUCCGAAAAGGUACCCGAAUUCGAAUGAGGUUACCAAGAGGACUUCAGGGGGCGGGUCGGAGUGGAAGCAGUGGAAUUGGAGGUCUCAGGGAGAUUUGUUGUUGAAUGGUGCCUUCUUUGUUCCGUCUGGAGUACCCGGAGCUGAUGCCGGGGCCUAUGCUAAGGCCUCGAGUGACGUCAAAGCUCAGAAAUCAUCCAUGGUCGAAGCCUUAACUUCUGCUGCCGGUGCACUCACCUGUCACAAAGACCAUACAUGCGCUCGUAACUAG